AUGGCACAAGGAUCAUCUUCAUCAAUGGGUAUGGGAUCAGCUUCAACAAUGUCGUCAGUUAAUCCCACUUCGAUAGUCAAUAUUCAUCAAACUAAUAUGGUUGUUAGUUUGGGACUCCUUGUUACAAAUUCUCCCUGGCCUCAAACUCGUAUCAAAUUAUGGAGGUAUCGGGAUGAGGGAGCUGAACUUCUAUGGAGAGACUACUUUUGCCCGAACCCAACCUUUCCACCAAAUGUAUUUCGUAGAAGAUUUAGAAUGCGUAGAAAAUUGUUUAAUCGAAUAGUUACUGACGUUGUGGGAGUAAAUCGAUAUUUUGUUCAAAAGCCUGAUGCAUGUGGAGUUAUGGGAUCGAACCCUCAUCAAAAAGUAACUACAGCAAUUCGAAUGUUAGCUUACGGAUAUGCGGCCGAUGCAAUAGACGAGUACUUACGCAUUGGAGAAACUGCUGUUUUGGAAGCUACUCGUAGGUUUUGUAUGACUAUUUUCCACUUGUAUGGCAAAGAAUAUUUGCGUGAACUACCUGCUGGUGAUGUUGAACUGCUGCUUAAGCAAAACAAAAGCAGGGGAUUUCCAGGGAUGCUGGGUAGUUUAGACUGCAUGCAUUGGAAAUGGGAUAAAUGUCCCUCGGCAGAAUCAGGGGCUUACACAGCGUAUAAAGGGAGCGAAAGUAUUGUGUUGGAGGCUGUGGUGUCGUAUGACCUCUGGUUUUGGCAUGCAUUUUUUGGUAUGCCCGGCUCAAACAAUGAUAUUAAUGGGAUGAACCGUUCUUAUGUUCUUCGUAGUCUUGUCACAGGAAAAUCACCACCAGUGAACUUUGUGGUAAACGGACAUUCAUAUGAUAUGUCGUAUUAUCUAGGUGAUGGCAUAUACCCAGAUAUUGCUACUAUUAUUAUGUCCAUUAAACAUCCAGAGGGGAGAAACAAAAUAAAAUUUUCUGGGAUGCAAGAUGGUGCGGGGAAAGAUGUAGAACGGGGAUUUGCGAAGGAACCCAUCACCAGUUGCUAUAUCAAGAGAAACAGUGAAGCACUUUCCCCAAUUAGAGCUGCGCAGCGUGUUCGUGCAAUGCGUAACAAACAAACGCAUACCAACUUGCGUGAUGACUUGAUCGAACACAUAUGGUCAGAAUAUGGGGACAGUUAA